GCUCCUGGGAGAGGAGGGGGCAGAGGGUGAACCCGACCCCCCGCAGGAAGCUGAGGAGCGGAGGGGCGGGCAUCCCGCAGGAGACGGGCGGCGAGCGCAUGGAGCGGGGCGGGCUGCUGGGAGAAGUAACGGGAGGCAGCUCCUCGCUGCUGUUUGAAGGUCCGUGACCUGCGAAUGGAGCUUUCUCAGGAGGAGUUGGCUCUGUCCUGUGGGGUUCAGCAUGUAUCUGCCACGCUGUGUGAGAUAACCAGGAACUGAAGGUGAACAGGGAAGAUGGGCAUCGUCCCAUCUUUGCUAAAAGACUAGCCUCUCUUCCUCUAAAAAAGCAGUUGCCUCUGUGAUUAAUUCCCAAUGUAGUUUUGGUAGAGAUUUGUUGUUGGAAUUGUUGAAGAUGUCAUCAGGCCUUACAGAGGAGCAGAAGAGGAGGAUUGAGGAGAACCGGCGGCUGGCUUUGGCCAGGAGAGCAGAGCGGCUGGCAGCCCAGGGCGCUGGGCACAUGGGCAUCGCUGCAUCUCCGCACACGGGGCACAGGCUGGGCAAGCCGGGAAGCUCCAAGGAGGAAAACAAUCAUGUCGGGUUCACCAGCCAGCCCCCACACAAUCCAAACGUGCCUGUGGAGCAGAGGAGCUGUCUCCAGAAAAGCUAUAACCAUUACACAGCAAAGCAACAGAUGGCUGGCUCACACAGAGAGCAGCAAAAGAGUUGUUCAGAGGACUUGGAGCAAACAAGUGGCCUAAAGCAGUUCCCUGCCAUGUUCCCAAAUUCUCUGAGUUAUUCCCAUAAACAUUUCUUGGAUGCUGCUAGUCAGGAAGAUGGACAACACACUUCAGUUGAUCAUGGAACAUUCCAGCAGCCCAAAUGCAACCCAGCGUUCAAAAACCCCACAGGACCAGCUCAUCCAAGAUUCACUGAUAAUGGGCACCCUGAUGGUAGUAAAGAUCUACAAACUCAGGACAAAUCUGCCAUUAAAUAUGUUUCACCACCAAGUAGUGCCCCCCUGAGCGAUUUAGAAAUGCUGGAAAGCAUAAACACAGUGGCAGAAAGAACAGGGGGAGGUUUUGUCCCUGAUGGUAGUAAAGAUUUACAAACUCAGGACAAAUCUGCCAUUAAAUAUGUUUCACCACCAAGUAGUGCCCCCCUGAGUGAUUUGGAAAUGCUGGAAAGCAUAAACACAGUGACAGAAAGAACAGGGGGAGGUUUUGUCUCUCCGGCCAGUGGUGGGAUGCAGAAGCUGACCACCUCUGCUGAUGUGGGCUCUGCCUUUGAAGCUGCCUCUCACAAGAAAGCAAAUAAUGUUAUAAAAGGAAAAUGUGUGAAAUAUGGGGAAGACCGAUUCCAGGUUGAAAUAGGGUACAAUGCUGAACUUAUUGCUGCGUUUAAGAAGGUACCAAGCAAAGCCUAUGAUCCUGCUAUGAAAAAAUGGAAUUUCAGCAUGGAAGAUUACAGCAGUGUCUUGGAAGCAGCAAAUCAACUUUCAUCAGUAAUUCUGGCACCACUGGAAGGAGAAAAUGUGGUUGGCUUGGCAUCAGGCUCUCAUUUUGUUGGCAGUAGGGUUGAUGUGAAAUCCCUCUUGAAGAUGUGUAAGAACUGGCAGAAGCCCUCAGCCCUGGUCAAAGGGAAGUGUGUGCUCAUCUCUCGCCUGCGAUUUGAGGUCGAUAUUGGGUAUUCCGCAGAAGUGAUUGCAGUGUUCAAAAAGAUGGAUUCCAGAAAUUAUGAUAUGAAUACCAGAAAGUGGAACUUCCUGCUGGAGGAUUACCCCAAACUAAUGCAAGAGUUACUGAGCCUCGUGUCUGUAGAAGUGGAGCCACUGCCUGAAGCAGUAAUUAAGACCUUUGCUGCUCAGCUCCAGAGAUCUCCAUCACUGACAGACAUUCCUGAUGCUGACCUUUCAGGAGUGGACUCCAGAAUUGUGACGAGCCUCAUGCCCUUUCAGCGGGAAGGUGUGAAUUUUGCAAUUUCCAGAAAGGGACGUUUGCUGCUGGCGGAUGACAUGGGCCUGGGCAAGACCAUCCAGGCCAUCUGCAUUGCUGCCUAUUACCAGCAGGAGUGGCCCUUGCUGGUGGUCACUCCUUCUUCUGUGAGGUUUACAUGGGCAGAGGCAUUCCACAGAUGGCUUCCAUCCUUGAGUCCAGGAAGCACCAAUGUCAUAGUGAGUGGGAAAGACAACCUAACAGGAAGCUUGAUCAACAUCAUCAGUUUUGAUCUCCUCAGCAGGAUGGACAAGCAACUUAAGAGCACAUUCCAAGUAGUUAUUGUUGAUGAAUCUCAUUUCCUGAAGAACACAAAAACUGCACGCUGCCGAGCUGCCAUGCCUCUACUCAAGGCUGCCAAGAGAGUGAUCCUGCUCUCGGGAACGCCGGCCAUGUCGCGGCCCGCGGAGCUGUACACGCAGAUCGCCGCCGUGCAGCCCAGCUUCUUCCCGCUGUUCCACUCCUUCGGGCUGCGCUACUGCGACGCCAGGAAGAUGCCAUGGGGCUGGGACUACUCUGGAUCAUCCAAUUUAACUGAACUGAAAAUUUUGUUGGAAGAGUCCAUCAUGAUCCGACGUCUGAAGUCAGAUGUGCUUUCCCAGCUUCCAGCAAAGCAACGCAAAAUGGUUGUGGUGGCUCCUGAAGGCAUUAGUGCAAAGACCAAAGCUGCCCUGGCAGCUGAAGCAAAGAAGAUGGCCAAAGGAUAUGAAAGUAAACAACAGGAGAAGGAAGCUCUUCUUGUCUACUUCAGCAGAACAGCAGAAGCUAAAAUCCGCUCAGUCGUAGAGUACAUCCUGGAGUUACUGGAAAGUGGGAAUAACAAAUUCCUGGUGUUUGCUCAUCACAAGAUAAUGCUGGAUGCAGUAGUUGCAGAGCUGAAGAAGAAACACGUCGAGCACAUUCGCAUCGACGGCUCCACAUCCUCAGCUGAGCGGCAGGCUCUGUGCCAGAAGUUCCAGCUCUCAGAGAAGCAGGCUGUGGCUGUCCUUUCCCUCACUGCUGCAAACAUGGGCCUGACAUUGUCUGCUGCAGAUCUGGUGGUGUUUGCAGAGCUCUUCUGGAACCCAGGGAUUUUGAUCCAAGCAGAAGAUCGGGCACACCGAAUUGGACAGACCAGCUCUGUUAAUGUUCACUACCUGGUGGCUAAAGGCACAGCAGAUGACUACUUAUGGCCAAUGAUUCAGGAGAAGAUCAAAGUGCUGGGUGAAGCUGGUCUUUCAGAAACCAAUUUCUCUGAAACAGCUGAGUCAACUAAUUACUAUCCUAAGACAGAUCCAAAGCAGAAGACAAUCUUUGACCUUUUCCAGAAGACCUUCUCUGAGAGCAGAGAUGAUGCUGAUGAUGUCUUGUUUUUGGAGGCAGCUGAUGCUGGCUGUGAGUUUGAUUCUGGCAGUGCCUUGCAAGACAGAGAAGCAGAGGCAUGUUCAGUGAGUCCCAAAAAAAAGCGGCGUAUUGAGGAAGUGUAAAUGGUGACAGCUAAAAAUAGCAGCUUAGAGAUUAUUUUUUUUUAUUAAAAAAGAAAAACCAAAAGCAAUCACAUGUUAUUUUUUGAUUUUUUGAAAA